AUGAUUACAGCACAUCUCUACUAUCAAUAUCCCCUCCAGGUGGUAUUCAACUACCAGGCCUUCCGCUAUGAACACGAACGGCACAGUUUCUCCUUUCCUGGGGCCAAUACGUCCGUCUCCCUCCGCGACUUACUGGAUAAGCACACAUUUCCAAAAGUUCCAAAAGUCGACACAGAUAAUAGCAAAUAUUACUCAUUUGGUGACAGGUAUCUUCUUGGUCUCAAUCUAGCUAAGUCUUUGUUCCAUCUGUUCGACGGACCAUGGAGGCCGCUCAACUGGAAGACCGAGGACAUCGGCUUCCCAGCUACUGAAACCUCUACCUCGAUGACAGUACACUCUCGCCACAGCCCUUACAUCCAAUUCAGUCUAGAUAUUGGAGACAAAGAGAACCGGAUUCAGAAAAGACAAGAAGAGGACGAGAAGUUUUGUUAUCCAAUGUGGUUAGCACUAGCUCAGAUCCUUCUAGAGCUUCACCUGGGGCGCAGUCUGGCUUAUGAGGGUGCUGAGGGCCUCGACAAACCCAAACUACGUAAGCUACUUCUUCGGAUUAGCGAUAAUGAGCUUCGGGAUAGCGACUUCAGGCCCUACAAAGAAGCCAUUGAAGCUUGUCUAAUUUUUGGCUGCAUGCUUCUUUCCAUCCCGCGAAGGGAACGACCAGAAGAGGCGCACAUGCUGAUCAGAAAUCUCAUUAUUGCUAAACUAGAGAAGAACUAUGAGAAAUGGUCAUCUACACUGGGGGAAUACACUGACCUCGACUUGACGCCAAACCAACAAUCUCAGGCACCUGAAGAUAUCGCUGCUUCGAAUAGUUUUGAUAUUGUCAAAGAGAGCCUUGAGGUCGAGGCAGAGGAUAAUCUUGAAGGGGAUGAGGAAAUGGAAGGUAAAGAUCAAGUCAUGGACAAAGAGAUUUGGGUGACCCCAAUUUAA